CGCAUGCGUGAGAAUGGCGCGCAUGCGCAGUGUAGUGCAGUGGGGGGGAGGUUAUCUCGGGAAGUGACAGUCCUUUCUCUCUGGAUGUGGAGGAUUAAAAUGAAAUGUGGAUGAUAUUAUGAGGCGAGAUGGCGUACCAGGAAGGAGAGACGCUCGAAUCGUGGCUUAACAAAGCCACUCACCCGACUAACAGGCAGGAGGACUGGGAGUACAUCAUCGGCUUCUGUGACCAGAUCAACAAGGAACUGGAAGGUCCACAGAUCGCUGUACCGCUUCUUGUUCACAAAAUCCACUCGCCUCAGGAAUGGGAGGCUCUCCAGGCGUUAACUGUGUUGGAGGCCUGCAUGAAGAACUGUGGGAGACGGUUUCACAACGAAGUGGCCAAAUACAGGUUUUUAAACGAGCUCAUCAAAGUGGUUUCCCCCAAGUACAUGGGAGAAAGUGUCUCUGAGAGGGUGAAGACUAAGAUUAUUGAAAUGCUGUACAGCUGGACUGUAGCGUUCCCUAACGAGGCCAAAAUGAGCGAAGCGUACCAAACACUGAGGAGACAAGGACUCAUCUCAUCAGACCCUGAGCUGACGGCUGAUAAAACUCUGAUCCCGUCUCCGCCUUCUCGGCCCAAAAACCCGGUGUUCGACAACGAGGACAUGGGCAAGUUGUUGGCGGAGCUGCUCCGGAGUAAGAACCCCGAGGAUCUGCAGGAGGCCAACAGGCUGAUCAAGAACAUGGUGAAGGAGGACGACGUCCGGGUUCAGAAAAUGACCAGACGCAUGCACACGCUGGAGGAGGUAAACAAUAAUGUCAAGCUGCUGAGCGAGAUGCUGAGUCAUUACGACCACGACAGGUCAUCAGACGCAGACCGUGACCUCAUCAAGGAGCUGUAUGAGCGCUGUGACAAACUGAGACGCACGGCAUUCAAACUGGCCACGGAGACGGAGGACCACGACACUAGUUUAGGUGAGAUUCUUCAGGCCAGUGAUGAGCUGGAGAGAGUAUUAAGCCUGUAUAAGAAGGUUGUAAAGGGCGAGACGGAAGGAGACAACACUGAGGAACAGAAAACAGCACUCGGGAAAGGCUGUGAGACAGACACACUCAUUGACCUCGCUGGUCUGGAUGAACCGCCUGCACCCCAGACAGCUCCGCCCACUCAACUCUCCAGAGCACCUUUGUCCAAUCAAACUGCCUGCAGCAUUCCGGUGAUCCCGCCCCCUCCUCGCCGAUUGGCUGGAGGAUCCGCCAGUCAGACCAGCAGCCCCAUUCACAAAGCCUCAGAGGCGUCACCGGCCCACUCUCUGCUCGACGAUGAGCUGCUGUCCCUAGGCUUGAACGAGUCUCCUCCGGUACAGAGCAGACCCAAACUGGAGGACGCGUCCAACCAGUGGACGUCUUUACAGGCUCCUGCUCCUCCUGGACUCGACCUGUUCUCCGGUGGAGCAGCAGCACCAGGGACCGUGUUUCCUCCUGCGCACACUUCAGGCCACCCCACACACCCCACACACCCUGACAUGGUGACUCAGGGGCUGCAGGAUCUCGCCAUGCUGAACCUGGGAGAGGUGCAGAGUGUCUCGGGUCAGCCCGUCAUGGCCACCGGUGUUGGUUUGGGUUUCGGCGUUUCCUCCUCUCUCUCCUCCUCCAACCCAUUUAUCAGCUCCAGCAUGCCCGGCUCGCCCCUGCGCUCUCUACAGGGAAACCCCGUGCGCUCUGAGGCAUCCCUCAGCAACCUACAUGUUCCCCUGGACUCCAUCAAAACCAGUAAGACUCUUCCUGUGACUGCGUACGAUAAAGACGGAGUGCGCGUCCUCCUGCACUUCGGCUCUGAGUGUCCUCCCGGGAGACCCGACGUCCUCGUCAUCGUGGUGUCCAUGCUGAACACGGCUCCUCUCGCAGUGAAGAACAUCGAGCUACAGGCCGCAGUGCCGAAGUCCAUGAAAGUGAAGCUUCAGAGUCCGUCAGGAGCCGAGCUGGCCCCCUUUAACCCCGUCCUGCCCCCUUCCUCCAUCACACAGGUCAUGCUUCUCGCUAACCCGCUUAAGGAGAAGGUGCGUCUGCGCUAUAAGCUGAUGUUCCUCCUCGGUGAGAGACAGUACUGUGAAGUGAGUGAGCUGGAUCAGUUUCCUCCACCAGAGAGAUGGGGAAACCUGUAGAGCUAACACACACACACACACACACACACACACACACUGAUGGUAAGGUCAGGUGACAGAGGUCUUAACUCUGAGAUCACUGUAAGCCCUGACUCGGACAUGUGUAAGAAAACUCCUGGUUUAUUUAUUGAUUUGUUUGUACUUUAUUAAAGCUGUAAAUGACGAGUGUUAUCAAGGGUCCAAGUUAGCUUCUAGUCGCUUCGAGCUACAGCGCUAACGCUAACACUGAGAUUCCACACUGCACACGUGGACUCCAGAUCUUCUGUGAAAAGGAAAUCGCCGCUACUGCACUCUCGGUCUCUCUUCUGUAUACGUGUGUGUGUGUGUGUGUGUGUUACACAACACCGAGUGUGUAGUGCUCUACAUGUACUGUAAACACAUGCCCUUGUGCGCUGGACAUUCUGGUAUCUAGCAAAACCCAAAAAAUUGAAAAACGUGUUUCUUUUUUUACGGAGCGAUAACAAGCGACGAGUGAGAUUAUUAACAGUCGUGACCUGCCCACAAGACGCAAACUCACCAGGAACCUGUCGCUUGCUAGCGUGAACUCUGCCUCAGACACGAGCGAGUCAAAGCGCUGAGGUGAUUUUUUACAUUCUGCUGAAUUCUGUUGAACUUAAAGCUGCAGUACUGAACUUUUGCCUCUCUAUCGCCAUCUCUGUUUGAAACGGGAAACGCGAUACCUAGCUGAAUCAAGCGAACACGUGCGCUAAUGUUAGCUGGUUACAUACUGAGCCACUGAAAUGUCUUAAAUGUUCAGCAAAUAAAAGCCAUGUCUGUGUCAGUCUUCAGUCCCUUCAGAUCUCGGAGCUUUCACCACGUCUCAAAAGCCAUGCUGAUAUUUAUUCUGGUUUCAGCACGGGCUCUGUCGCGUUCCCCUUUUCACUGCAUUCUCUCCAGUUCGAGGUUCCUUGGUUUUGACAGCAGCUGAUUCCCCAGAUGUGACUGAUGAUUGUGUUUAGAACGAUCCAGAUUAAAGCAGCCGUCUAGACGACCGGUUUCAAUUCUAAGCAACUGUUGUAAGGAAAAGCUACAAACACUCCACCUUCCUCAGCCCCCACACACGUGAUAUAGUAGCCGGCUCGUCUUCUUUCUGUUAACGCGCGUGACGAAACCACGCGAAGGCGAAUGACGUCACGAAUGAAGUUUUGAACACUGAUUUUUUUAUGGACGUGUUCAACAAUUGAUUUGAUUUAUGUUCGUUUUUAACCAAGAAAAGUUCCUUACUGCAGCUUUAAACCACAUGUUUAAUUGUAUAUGUCAUGUUUACCGGACGAAUGUGUUUUUAUUUAUUGAUGUCAUCGUGCAAUACAGGUGUGUUUAAUUGCUGUGUGUGUUUUAUUGCUUUAGUGUUUUAUUUCUCUUCGGAUUGCAGUCCUGGUUUGUUAUUACUAAUGUUAUUACUAAUGUUAUUACAUACAAUCAAACUGUAAUAACCUAAUAGUAAUAUUGUGGGCCUUCACACUCACAUACAGAGCAACCGUGUGUGUGUGUGUGUGUGUGUGUGUGUGUGUGUGUGUAUAUAUGUGUGUGUGUGUCACUGCAUUCUGACUGUAUACAGUGUGUAUGAGUUUAAAACACAAGCCAUAAAAUGUUAUUAUUUGUCCUGAUCACUGAGACUGAAUUAGUGAAUAAAAAAAAGAGCUGUGAUUUAAAUUCGAGACUGCCCGUGUGUGUGUGUGUGUGUGUGUGUGUGUGUGUGUGUAUGUGUGAGUGUCCUGUACAGUAUGUGCUUGUGCCAUGCAACAGUAUGUACAGUAUGUCGUUCCAACAUGUGAUCUCUCCAGCUGCAUGCAGAAAUAAACUAAAGAGUCUCUUUUACACCAAAGUGAAGUGAGUUCAUUUUAUUGAACACUAUUUUUUUUUUCUAUUUAAAAUGAAUCUAAGUGAUCUGACUCAGAGUCGGUUCGUUUUCUGAACGGCACAUCACUCACAGUGAAUCAGUUUUAACCGAAAGCAGCGACUAUAUUUGCAGCAAUUUUCUGUAAAUAGUAACACAAUGUGCCUUGUUUACUACGCUGACUACAUUUACAGUAGCACUUGUUUCUGGGAGUGAUGGAGAGACGGCAUUAAUCAGUUUUCCUCUUCACUUUUGGAGGAAAAGGGGAUCGCCCCAUAACAUGGAAUACAUUUAUAGUAUGUAUGCAUUAAUAUUUCUUUUGCUUCUAUGGUUAACAGAAGAUAACAUUAGGAUGUGUUUCAUUUUAAGAC